GCAGCUGCCGUCCAGACUCCUCUGCGGGACAACAAAGAACUCGCAUCACGACUUCUGUCAGCAUAACUCAACAUCACCACAAAUAAGAAAUCCUGAAUAUUCUUCUCCAUCAGCACUAAUAUAAGUGGACGUAAUGGAGGAACAUUUUGACGAGAGGGACAAAGUUCAGCGCAACCGCCGAGGUGGAGGACGGGCGAACGGGCUCCUGAGUCCCAGUCACAGCGCGCACUGCAGCCUGUACCGGACGCGCACCCUGAAAGCCCUGAGCUCUGAAAAGAAGGCGAAGAAAGUGCGCUUUUAUCGCAACGGAGACCGUUACUUUAACGGCAUAGUGUACGCUAUCUCAUCUGACCGGAUCAGAACCUUCGACGCGUUGCUGGCUGACCUGACUCGCACCCUUUCUGACAACGUCCACCUGCCCCAAGGGGUCCGGAUCAUCUACACAAUUGAUGGCUCCAAUAAAAUCACAAGUAUUGAUCAACUGGUGGAAGGUGAGAGUUAUGUGUGCGGCGCCACUGAAGCCUUUAAAAAACUUGACUACACCAACAAUGUCAACCCAAACUGGUCAGUAAAUGUGAGGGCCUUGGACUCCAGCAAGUGUCCCACAUCUCUGGCGUGUUCCCAAUUAGGGCCACAGUCCAAAGAGAACAAAGACUUCAUCAGACCCAAACUGGUCACUGUCAUCCGCAGUGGGGUGAAACCUCGGAAGGCGGUUCGGAUUCUGCUCAACAAGAAGACUGCCCAUUCCUUUGAGCAGGUUCUCACUGACAUAACAGAUGCUAUAAAGCUCGACUCUGGUGUUGUCAAGAGGAUCUACACCCUUGAAGGAAAACAGGUCACGUGCCUUCAAGAUUUCUUCGGGGAUGAGGACGUCUUCAUCGCAUGCGGCCCCGAGAAGUUCCGUUACCAGGAUGACUUCCUGUUGGACGAGAAUGAAUGCAGAGUAAUGAAAUCAUCUUCCUAUGGAAAAAUGGGUUCCGGGAACAGAAGUUCUCCCAGAAGCGUCGCCCUUUCUCGACACAGCAAGUCUCCCACUGGCUCAGUGAAUGGGACCUCAGGCAGUCCGCUGUCCACACCCCAUUCUGCAAAAUCGGCCAGUCCGUCGCCUGCCAGCCCGGGGAACCAGAACAAACGUAGGGGAUCUCAGCAAAGUGGUUCCUCUCUCUCACUGGCAUCUACCAAAGUCUGCAGCAUGGAUGAGGAGGAAGGACCUGUCAGUGAUGCUGAGCCGGUGGAGGAGACGGAGACACCCAAUGUUCCGAGUUCAAUUUCAGAUCGUUACAAAGUUGGCCGAAUGAUCGGGGAUGGGAACUUUGCAGUGGUCCAUGAGUGUGUGGAACACUCCACUGGCAGAGCGUAUGCUCUGAAGAUCAUCAACAAGGGCAAAUGUAGAGGAAAGGAACAUAUGAUUCUAAAUGAGGUGGAUCUGAGACGAGUGAAACAUCCCAACAUCGUUCUGUUGAUUGAGGAAAUGGAUACCUACAGUGAACUCUAUCUGGUCAUGGAGCUUGUUAAGGGAGGAGAUCUUUUUGAUGCCAUCACUUCCGCCAACAGAUACACUGAGCGAGACGCCAGUGGCAUGUUGUACAACCUUGCCAACGCUAUCAAGUAUUUACACAGCCUUAACAUCGUCCAUAGAGACAUCAAGCCAGAGAACCUCUUGGUGUAUGAACAUCAAGAUGGAAGUAAAUCUUUGAAGCUCGGAGACUUUGGCUUGGCCACCGGGGUAGAGGGGCCCUUGUAUACCCUCUGUGGAACACCCACAUAUGUAGCACCAGAGAUUAUUGCAGAGACCGGGUAUGGCCUUAAGGUAGACAUCUGGGCUGCUGGAGUCAUCACAUAUAUUCUCCUCUGUGGUUUUCCUCCAUUUCGUGGGAGCACAGAUGAUCAGGAGGCUCUGUUUGACCAGAUUCUGCUGGGCCAGUUAGAAUUUCCUCCUCCAUAUUGGGACAAUGUAUCGGAUACAGCUAAAGAGCUCAUCGUGUCCAUGCUGCAGGUGGAAGUAGAUCAGAGAUACACAGCGCUGCAGGUGCUGGAACAUCCAUGGGUAACUAAUGAUGGUUUGUCAGAAAAUGAGCAUCAGCUGUCGGUGGCAGGAAAGAUCAAGAAGCACUUUAACAUGGGCCCUAAACCCGGCAACAACACUUCUGGAGUAACCGUCAUGACGCUCGACCAUGACUUUUCCAUGCAGAGAUCAGGGUCGUUGGAUUUCUAUCAGAACCCGGGCAUGUUCUGGAUAAGACCACCGCUCUUGAUAAGGAGAGGCAGAUUCUCCGACGAGGACGCCACCAGAAUGUGAGCGCAGCUCCCCAGACCACCCAGCCAACCUGUAGCCUCCACAUCCCAGCCUUUACACCCCGUCUGUACCUCGACCUUGCCCGGCCACCCGCCGGGCUUCCAGCCCCCACACCCUAUCCAUGUCUCUCCACCAACAACACCACGCCCGAGUCUGAAGACUUUUCCGCCUGCUCCACGGAGACCGUUCGCUCCCUCUUCUCUCCAUUCUAGCACUUUAGGAGAAGGGAGCAACUGGAAAGAGCAUUAAUAGGAGAAUGUUUAAUGAGGAUUCGGAACGCGGCCUUGUGGACUGAUGAACAUUUUGUAAUCCCGAUCACACAGAGGUGCACAAAGGGAAAAAUGACUAUGUCAGGAAAGGGGGGUUCUUUUCUGUUUACUUAUGGUCAUUGGAAUAACUUUUCCAUUUAUUUAUACAUGAUGUAAACAUUUUGUUUUUUUAUUGAAGUUAUCCUCUUUUCGGUUGAGGCACUUCAGAAAUAUGAUGUUUUUCUGGGUCCAGUAUUGUUUGUAGGUUCCAGAAGGAAAAUGCAAUGUGAGAGUCAAAAGGCCAGUAUAACAAUCAGCAAACAUUUUCAAAAUCAGCAUUUUUACACUGAUUUUGAGGAAAUCUAUGGAAUUCUUUGGAAUUCCUUUAAACAUGGUAAAACGUUUUAAACAGAGUUUUUACUUAUCAGUAGCUGAUGCAAAUUUCUGUUUCAAAGCUUGUUCAAACCAUUGAUCCGGAAAACAUUUCUGAACAGACUGAGAAAACAUUUGGAAAUGCUCCCAGCCCUUUUGGGCUAAACAAUAUCUGCAUUUUCUUCCCUUUGUAGUCACAGUACUGGACACACUGAACUUGUUCAUACAUGAGAUGGGGACCUUUUUUGUAAUCUGUGUAAAUAAUAUAAUUUCAAUUAUUUUGAUAUUGACAAUAUAUUUCUUUAUCUUAACUAGACAAUGUUACAGUCAUACAUUUAAUCAUUUUACAUUUUUUAAGCAUACUGAACAUAAGCACAAGUGCAUUGUGGGAAAGACAAGCAACAUUCCUUAAAACAGGGUCAGCUCUCGGAAAGACAAAUGCCAACUUGGAUUUAACGGCCAAUAGUAUGAACAAUAAUUCAAUUUUACUGUAUGUAAAGCAAUCGGCAAACGUUGCAGGAGAUUUGGUAUUAGUCAUAGGAAGUCGAAAUAGAGUGCUUUUGGUAGUCAGAAGUGUUCUAAUACCUCAUAACCCUGCUAACUGUGUCAUUGUAUUCUCUCAUUAGUGCAUGGAAUACAAAGCGGCGCUUAUAUUAUAAUUUAAAACAUUAGUCUAUUAAAAAACAUAUUACAACCUGA